GAGGAGGAGGAGGAGGCGGCGAGAAGAUGGCGACUUCGAACAAUCCGCGGAAAUUCAGCGAGAAGAUCGCUCUGCACAACCAGAAGCAAGCGGAGGAGACGGCGGCUUUCGAGGAGGUCAUGAAGGACCUGAGCCUGACGCGGGCCGCGCGGCUCCAGCUCCAAAAGUCCCAGUACCUGCAGCUGGGCCCAAGCCGUGGCCAGUACUAUGGUGGAUCCCUGCCCAACGUGAACCAGAUUGGGAGCGGCACCGUAGAUCUGCCCUUCCAGCCCAGCGGAUAUCUGGGGGAGGCUCUGGCAGCGGCUCCUGUCUCUCUGACACCCUUCCAGUCCUCAGGCCUGGACACCAGCCGAACUACCCGGCACCAUGGGCUAGUGGACAGAGUGUACCGGGAGCGUGGCCGCCUUGGCUCCCCACAUCGCCGGCCCCUGUCAGUGGACAAACAUGGAAGGCAGGCGGACAGCUGCCCAUAUGGCACCGUGUACCUCUCGCCACCUGCAGACACCAGCUGGAGAAGGACCAAUUCUGACUCUGCCCUGCACCAGAGCACAAUGACGCCCACCCAGCCAGAGCCUUUUACGGGUGGGUCCCAGGACGCACACCAGAAAAAAGUCUUACUAUUAACAGUCCCUGGAAUGGAGGAGACCACAUCAGAGAUGGACAAGAACCUUUCCAAGCAAGCAUGGGACACCAAGAAGACGGGGUCCAGGCCCAAGUCCUGCGAGGUCCCUGGAAUCAACAUCUUUCCAUCUGCCGACCAGGAAAACACUACAGCCCUGAUCCCUGCCACCCACAACACGGGGGGCUCCUUGCCUGACCUGACCAACAUCCACUUCCCCUCCCCCCUCCCGACCCCGCUGGACCCCGAGGAGCCCACCUUCCCUGCGCUGAGCAGCUCCAGCAGCACCGGCAACCUCGCAGCCAACCUGACACACCUGGGCAUCGGCGGUGCCGGCCAGGGGAUGAGCACGCCUGGCUCCUCGCCACAGCACCGCCCGGCCGGCGUCAGCCCGCUGUCCCUGAGCACGGAGGCAAGGCGGCAGCAGGCCCAGCAGGUGUCGCCCACUCUCUCCCCACUGUCACCCAUCACUCAGGCCGUGGCCAUGGACGCCCUGUCUCUGGAGCAGCAGCUGCCCUACGCCUUCUUCACCCAGGCGGGCUCUCAGCAGCCGCCGCCGCCUCAGCCUCAGCCCCCGCCCCCGCCGCCGCCUGCGUCCCAGCAGCAGCCACCCCCGCCGCCCCCGCAGGUGCCUGUCGGCCUCCCCCAGGGCGGCUCCCUGAUGCCGAGCGCCAGCCUGACUCGGGGGCCCCAACUGCCCCCGCUUGCGGUCACGGUACCGUCCUCUCUCCCCCAGUCCCCCCCAGAGAACUCGGGCCAGCCGCCAAUGGGGAUCGACACUGCCUCGGCGCCGGCUCUGCAGCAGUACCGUACUAGCGCCGGCUCCCCAGCCAACCAGUCUCCCACCUCGCCCGUCUCCAAUCAAGGCUUCUCCCCCGGGAGCUCCCCACAACACUCUUCCACCCUGGGCGGCGUGUUUGGGGACUCAUUCUAUGAGCAGCAGAUGGCGGCCAGGCAGGCCAAUGCUCUGUCCCACCAGCUGGAGCAGUUCAACAUGAUAGAGAAUGCCAUCAGCUCCAGCAGCCUGUACAGCCCGGGCUCGACACUCAACUACUCCCAGGCGGCCAUGAUGGGCCUCACGGGCAGCCACGGGAGCCUGCCGGACACACAGCCGCUCAGCUUCCCCAGCCACAGCAGCAUACCCAAUAUCAUCCUCACAGUGACAGGAGAGUCCCCUCCCAGCCUCUCUAAAGAACUGACCAGCACGCUGGCCGGGGUCGGUGACGUCAGCUUCGAUUCUGACAACCAGUUCCCCUUGGACGAACUCAAGAUUGACCCCCUGACCCUGGACGGACUGCACAUGCUCAAUGACCCAGACAUGGUCCUGGCCGACCCGGCCACCGAGGACACCUUCCGGAUGGACCGUCUGUGAGCCGCACGCCCGGCACACGGCCGCCCAGCCCCCGGCUCCGUCACCCCACCGGUCAGUGGUCCCCACGGCGUCCCCCCAAGCCUGGGGACGGCGGCGCUCCGUCCCUCGCAAACGGCCGAGCUUGUGAUUCUGAGCUUGCAAUGCCGCCAAGCGCCCCAGCCCACCCGCCCGCCCACCCCGGUCGUCCACCUCCCGCGUGAGGCCGCGUGUCGUCGCCCCCGCGGACCCUCCCUGCUCUCUCGUCCCCCUGUAAGAUGCGGAAAGCGCGCUGGGCAGGGCCGCCGGCCUCGGGGGGCGCCGUGCUCUGCGAUGGUGGUGGGCUGAGGUGCAUCUUGCGACUGUUGUCCAGCUCUCACUGCCUUCCUUUGUCCCCGGUCCCCCCACCCGCCCGCGCUCCCAGCCCUUGGUUAGGUAGCGAGCCAGCCCCACCCUGCCAAAAGGAGAAGGCGCCGGGGGCGGGGGGUGGGCGGACAUGAAGCGGAAAUAAACACUAUUUGGACUGCC